AUGUUUGUGACAAGAACUGACUUUUUAAGAACUUUGUUUGCUCAACCAAUACCAUCCGUGAAAACAUUGACAAGAAAAGCAAUGGAAGAAUUUCAGUCUUUAUAUGGAAACCAACCCGAAGCUAUAGGAGUCGCACCUGGUAAUAUAACGUUAUUCGGAGAAUUCAUGGAAUUUCAUUUAGGAUACAUAAUUUGCAUGGCCUUACCUAUGGUAGUGGUAACAGUCGGUGGUAGAAAUGAUUCCGUUUAUUUUUCUGUAAAAACAUUGUCGAAAAAAGUAGAAAAGCCAAAUACAAUGAAAAGUCCUUUGCCUUGCGUUCGAACAUUGAAAAAUGAAGAAAGAAAUUGGGUGAAUUCAGUUAUAGGAUGCGUAAGCGAAUUCAAGGGUCACGUACCAGGUUUUAACGCAGUCAUAACCUCAAGUCUUCCAAUUAAAUUUGGUUUCCGUAGCUGCUCCGCAUUACAAGCAUCCAUUUAUACUUUUUUAGAAAAUCUAACUCAAGAAUAUUCUUUUGAUUUAUUCGAAAAAGCUGACAGAUGUACGAAAACCGAACAUGAAAUUCAACUAUAUCCUUCAGAACUGAUUUCAAAAUGUUCGAGCAUUAAAUUUUUUCCAACUUUUAUUUGCAAGGAGGGUCACUUGAUGUUUAUCAAUUGUAAACGUCAUAAAAUUUCUCAAUAUUUUUUCGAUCAUCCCUCAUAUGUAUUUUUAUUAGGUUCGUGUAAAAAUAAUACGAGCACCGUAACAAUUGAAUCAUUGGAUAAACGCUUAAGAAAAUGCAUCAAAGCUCUUGAAAUUUUGGGAAGGAAUUCUCUAUUGAAUGCAGACUUAAAGCAUUUAAGGUGUUUAAGAAAAAGAGAUGCCUCGGAAGAAACAAUAAAGCGAGUUAAAUACGUUAUAACGGAACAUCAGAGAACAGAAGAAGCUAUAAAGGCUAUUAAAUCAGAAGAUUACGAAAGGCUAGGGGCUUUAAUGAAUCAAAGCCACGUUUCUUUAAGAGACGAUUACGAAGUUUCUAGUCCUCAAAUAGAGACUUUAAUAAAUUUAGCCAAAAAGGUUAAGGGAGUGUUAGGAGCUAAAAUGAUUGGAAAUGGUUUAAAUGCCACAAUAAUUAUUUUAGUUAAAAUAACAGAAGCUGAAAAUUGUAUUCGAUACAUAAGAAAAAAUUACAAGCCAAAGGAAGACAAACCUUUUUUCUUUGUUACCAAACCCUCAGAAGGAGCUUUUAUGAUGAACCCAAACACUGAUUUAACUAUAAUUCCUUAA